UUUGCUUGCGUCACACAGUAAGUGUGUCCAGAUUGAGCUUCCGUAGAGUGCUAAUCACUGUUUUUUUCCGUAUUUCGUUGCUGUUACAUGUGGAGAGCAAGAGUUUACUGGCGAUGGCUGUUGUUAAUAGUUUCUUAAGUGACGCAGUGGAGGGUCAGUUUGAUGACGCAGAGUCAUCGGAUUGUGAAGGCAAUGUUAAUGAAAAGAAUAUUGGUUCAUUGAUAACAUUAGAAGAUAAUGUGAACAGCCUAACACUUGAUGCUUCAGUGGAAGAAAGAAAUGAUGAAGAUUUUGAAAAUGAAGAUGUCGAGGCUGACUGGGAUUGGGGAGAUUCUGGAGGAGAUCUUACAAAACGAUAUGCAGCUUUCAAGGGGAGCAACCAACAGUCAAAUCCCCAGAACUCAAGCCGUACCUCAAAAAUAUCUACACCUUCUGACAAAAUGCUGAGAAAAUAUGAACACAAAAUCAAUUUAGAUAAGCUAAAUUUUGCUGACUCUAUUAUAAACAAAGUAACUGAAAUGCAGAGACAAAAGGAUUCUGAAACGUAUAGAGUUAAGGAUAAAUCUGACAGAGCCACUGUGGAGCAGGUUUUGGAUCCAAGGACUAGGAUGAUUCUUUUCAAAAUGCUGAGCAGAGGGGUGAUAUCAGAAAUCAGUGGUUGCAUUAGCACUGGCAAAGAGGCCAAUGUGUAUUAUGCAACAACAGCAAGAGGAGAAACUCGAGCAAUUAAGAUUUACAAGACUUCAAUUUUAACGUUUAAGGACCGGGAUAAAUAUGUCAGUGGUGAAUUUCGGUUUCGCCAUGGUUAUUGCAAAGGCAAUCCAAGAAAAAUGGUGAGAACAUGGGCUGAAAAAGAGAUGAGAAAUUUAAUAAGGUUACAAGCAGCACAGAUACCAUGCCCAGAACCUAUCAUAUUAAGAAGUCAUGUUCUUGUGAUGUCCUUUAUUGGCAAGAAUGACAUGCCUGCUCCAUUAAUGAAGAACGCACAGUUAACUGAAUCUAAAGCACGAGAGCUCUAUCUUCAAAUCAUUCAGUAUAUGAGAAGAAUGUAUCAGGAUGCAAAGUUGGUCCAUGCUGAUCUCAGUGAGUUUAACAUGUUAUAUCAUAAUGGUGAUGCUUACAUUAUUGAUGUGUCUCAGUCUGUAGAGCAUGACCACCCACAUGCUUUGGAGUUUCUAAGGAAGGACUGUGCUAACAUUAAUGAUUUUUUCUUGAAGUGGCAAGUAGCUGUGAUGACUGUACGUGAGCUCUUUGAGUUUGUAACAGACCCUUCAAUUACAAAUGAGAACAUUGAUGAUUACCUAGAAAAGGCAAUGGAAAUUGCUUCUUCUAGAACUGCAGAAGAAAGGUCGAAUCAAGAUAAAGUAGAUGAAGAGGUUUUUAAAAAGGCUUACAUUCCAAGAACACUGAAUGAAGUGAGUAACUAUGAAAGAGACUUUGACCUUCUGAUGAAAGCAAAAGAGGAGGAUGCAACCUUGAAUGCACUAGAUGACAAUAUUCUGUACCAGACCGUGACAGGGCUUAAGAAAGAUUUGUCGGGAGUGCAAAGGGUGCCUGCAAUCCUGGAAGAAAGAAUAAGUGGCUCUGAGAGCUCCGAGUCUGAAGAAGAAGGAAGUUUGCAGUCAGAUACUGAGGAAUGUGCAAAAGAGCCAAAUGCUGGAGAUCAAGAAUUGCAUCAAAAUAUAGACAAAAAGGAGAGAAAGAAAAUAGUCAAAGAAGCUCAAAGGGAAAAAAGGAAAAAUAAAGUCCCAAAACAUGUCAAGAAACGAAAAGAGAAGGUUGCAAAAAUGAAAAAGGGCAAAUAACCUGCGAUUUGGAUCAAACGUCUAUUGGUAUGCACUGCCGAUAGAGAGCAUUUCUGAUCGAUUACACAAUAUUUACAACUGAUGCAUUAACAGUGUUACAAUAAAUACAGUUUUUACAAGAAUUGCAAUAAUUUGGUACUUUCCAAACUAUUUUCCAUUAAAACAACAUUUAAUAUUU